AUGAUGACUAAGGCUUCCAUUUUGGUGCUGUUCAUCGCCCUCCUUCUCUGCCUGCACUCCAGAUCUGAAGACCCAUGGCUAGAAAGCAAUGGAACUAAUCACUCAUCGACUUUUUGUGACCUGAUACAGCCGAAGCAAGCAAUGAUGAUAAGCAAGGGUUUCACCUGGGCCUUUUGGGUAAUACUUGGCGCUGUUGGAUUUCUUUGCAAUGGUCUUGUCAUUCACKCUGUCGUGGCCAACCCACACAUGCACACAACGACAAACUACCUCAUUGUCAACAUGGCGGUCGGUGACACGCUUGCGACUUYGAUGACAGCCWWUWCAGCRUUGUYURUCCUUGUCAACAGAUACCAAUGGAAUGGAAGUGUUAAUAUAUGGUCUUCAAUACUCUGUCCAAUUUCAAUGGAAGACAUUGCUGCUAGCAAAGACCUUUUCAUUAUAUUGUGGCCAGCCGUCGCUGUGGCUGCCGUAUUAUGCAACCUUCUUGUCAUUCACGUUGUCAGGGUCAACCCGCACAUGCGCACAACCACCAAUUACCUCAUUGUCAACAUGGCGACUGGCGACUCGAUUGCAACAAUUGCAAGUUCUUUUGGUACCCUUAACUUCCUUGUAAAUGGGAAAGGGAAUAUAGGGAAUACCUUUUAUGAAGAAUAUAUCUUAUGCAGGGGAGUGUACGCUCUUUAUUACGUUUCCAUGCUCUGCUCCAUAUACAGUCUCGUUGUAAUCACGUUUGAUAGAUUCAUUGCUGUGACACGCCCUCUUAAGUACAAGUUCCUCUGUUCCUGGACGAAGUAUACCAUACCCAUAAUUUGGUUGACAUCUUUAGUGAUACCAGCUAACUGCGUAAUCAAAAGCAUUGACUAUGAUCUAAAAGAUGGCUUAUAUUACUGCAGUUCAAAGACGUCUGUGCCAGAUGCUGUCUCCAUUUUGACCUUAGGGUUUGUACUUCCCCAUGUUGUAAUCCUGGUUCUUUAUGUGGUAAUAGCAUACAAGCUCUGGAAAAGGAAUGUUCCCGGUGAGCAAGCUCAAGAAACGAAAGGCCAAAGUUCUUCUCAGAGAGUUGCUAAAAAGGUAACCCUCAUGAUUGUCAGCAUCCUUGUCGCCKUUGAAAUAUCCUGGUGUCCAGUUUUUAUCGGCUACAUUUUCCCGCACUUGUUAAGUGGUCCUUUUAAGGUAGGAAGUGUGCAAGUGCUCGUUUAUAAAUUGUUGAUGAUCUCCAAUGGGAUUUCCAAUGCUUCGAUUUAUGCUGUUUUCAAUGAAAACUUUCGACGAGCUUUUAAGGAAGCCUUGAUGAAGAUUCCUAUGGUUGGAGCUGUUGGAAAGCUUCUCAAAAAAGUUCAACGACCAAACCAGCGCGUAGCACCACUACAGGACGACACGUCAACUACAGAGAAUCCCAACUGAGAGGUGCCACAGAUGAGAGUACAUAAUGCUGACAGUAAUUUCACGAUUAUUAUUUCAAUAGUUUUGUAACUUACGUACAAACUAUAGAGUUAUCUCAAGCAACAAA